AUGACACGAACGAAAAAGUCUGCGGCUUCCAGUAAGCGUACCAACCCGGAGAAGAGGCAACAAACCGCGGCUGCCCAAGGAAGUAGUGCGGCUGGACCGAUAGAUGCGGCAAGUUUGAUAGAUAAAUCACAUACGCUACUUGCUCAGUCGAAUUUCGAACUUGCCAUAAAAUUCUUGGACAGGGCGUUGGAACUCGAACCUUCCAAUGUUGAAGCUAGAGAGUUGGUUGGAAUAGCAGAGCUGGAAGCAGGUGACGAAGAACGUGGAAGGGAGCAUCUACUCCAACUAUUCCCUCCUCAUGCCGCCGAACCACCUUCUCACCCUUCACCAUACCUGUAUCUCGCUCAAUCAGCUUCCGAACCCCAAGAAGCAUUGGGAUACUACUCAACAGCCACGGCGAUGCUUGAGAAGCGUAUAGCAGAGAAAGCUCGAAAGGGUAAAGGGAAACAGCGAGGUGCUGAGCGGGAGGAUGAAGAGGUGGAUGAAGAUGUACAAAUGGCCGUCACUGCUUUGGUAGCUAUGAUAGAAAUAUGGAUGUCCGACUUAUGUUUCGAAGAGGCAGCUGAGAAGAACUGUGAUUCGUUGAUACAAAGAGCUUUAAGCAUUUCACCGAAUGAUUCAGAAGUAAAAUUGUCAUUAGCAAGUAUUAGGAUGUCUCAAUCUCGUUUCGAUGAUGCCAAGAAGGUAGUCAUCAGUUUAUACAAUGAUCUGGAAGGAAGAGAACCAUUUGAUCCUAUAUUACCAGCUUUGCCUGUCCGAUUAGCCCUAUCUCGACUCUUACUUGAACAUUCACUCCAUAUUGAAGCUUUGGACAUACUAUCAACGGUACGAGAGGAAGACUCAUUGAAUAUUGAAGGAGCAUACUUGGAAGGAUGGGCAUUGUACCUCCGAGCAGAAGCUAUCAAGGAAAACCCUUCACUCCUCACUUCCACCACUACCAAAGCUGAAGAUGGUGAAGAUGACGAACCGAUGAGUGUAGAAGAAUGUUUGAGCGAAAGCAUGAGAUCGUUAGUCGAGUGUGCGAAAUUAUACGAAGAUCAGGAAUACGAAGAUGAAGGUAUUGGAUCACACGUUGCUGAGUUAUUAGAGGAAUUGACGAAGAAUGGAGUGGUACCUGCUAUACACGAUGAGGAAGAUGAGGAUGGUGAUGUUGAGAUGGCUUAA